GUGACUUGUUUUGAUUUAGUUGCGGCGAUCGGACGAGUAUCUCACAAAAAUAGGCGUUUGCGGCGAACCCCGAUGCGGUGAUUGUAUCAGCGACAUUUUGCCACGAGGGAGUUGCCGAGAAUGAGCCGGCACUGAUCUAUUUGUGUGAAAUGGAAGGUGAAAGCUGAGCGUGAUCCAGCUGAGGCACCAGACGGGAGCCAGUCGAGUGUGAGCCGACUGGCCACUUGUCUCACCGCUGCGCCAAAACACAUCUGGUCAGUAAUUACUAUCUUUAUUUGUAACAGAACAAAUGCCAGUUGUACCUUGUCAUUUCUGCUGAUUGAAUUUAUUUGCAUUCAUUCUGGCAGAUGUGCAUUUGUAUCCGCAUUUCAUACAAUGUGUGAACUGUCCGCAUCAAUGUCCGCAUUUGAUCCUUGGUUAUGUUGUAUGUGUGAUUAUUGGUUGUUCUUUUGCAGAAAACCACUCUUUGGACUCUUUCUGCACACAUAUGCUCUGGCUUGCUAUCAUGUUCCACAAUACCAUGUCUUUCCUAUGUACCUUUUUGUUUCUUUUAUUUAGUUGUGCAGGCAAGAGUGCGUUGACAGAGUUUUGGCACGGCAGAGGUGGGCACAGUUUUCAGAUGUGUUUCGACAAGUUGUCAGAAGUUCUCUGAAGUUGUUUGGUCUGAUGACGUCAAGUUGAGUUGUACACUACUCAAGUAAGAAACAUGUCUGCUCUCAAGAACGAACGUGCCAUGAAGAAGGGUGCGCUGACACGAACAAGAAGAAGAGCGUUUGUACUGAUCGACACUCGUGGUAGCAAAAGAGAGCUGCAUGCAGUGUUGAAGGAGCUGGACAAUGCUCUACAAGAUGUUCUGGAGAAGAACAUGGAAUACAAGAUGAGCUCUGAAGAUGAUGAUCACCAGAAGAAGUGUGAUGAAUACGAGCAAGAGGCCACUGAGGAGCACAGGAUUGCCCAGGAACGAGUGGCAAGUCACCUGCAAGAACGAGCGGGAGAAACUCCAUCAGCAACAACUGACAGGUCAUCUGCUGCUUCAAAGGCUCGGGUGCAGCAUACCACCAGAAUGGCAGAAGUUGAGGAUAAGGUACGUGAGCUGGAGUUACAGCAGCUGCAACGUCGCCUCGAGAGAGAGGAGGAAGAACAGAAGAUGCAGCGAGCAAGACAACUGCAAGAGAAACAAGAUGCCCUGCAGGCUGCUCGUCUUAAGACAGAGUUAACCAAGGCAGCUGAAAGUGAGCUGACAUGGGACAGGAAAGAAGACUUCAAUGAAGAGAAUGAGAGACGUCCAGAAGGAAACCAGAAGAGAGAUGAAGAACACAGAACAGACCUUCCUGUACCUAAUCCCAACCUUGAUUCUGCCAGCCAACUGUUCCGACAGAGCCUGCCUCGUCUCAGGCUUCCCACUUUCAGCGGAGCAGUGGAGGAGUUUCCAAGAUGGUACUCGAUCUUCUCAACACUGGUGGAGCAGCAGAAUCUGAGUGCCAAUGAGAAGAUGGCACAUCUGCAGAAUGCAGUCACUGGAGCAGCAAGAGCCAUCAUCGGAGGGAUGGUGUGUGAUGGAAGCUCCUUUGAAGAUGCUCUCCAAGCACUCAAAGAAAGGUAUGGCAGAGACAUUGAUGUAGUUCAGAUGACCCUCAAGACUGUGUUUUCGUGUCCAGCUCCCAAGCCGUUCGAUGCCAGAUCUCUGGAGAGAUAUUAUGGAGCAGUUCAUGGUGCUACAACUACAUUGAAGAGACUGGGAUAUGAGGGUGACCUGCAGUCUUGUGAGAACCUGCGUCGUCUCCUGAGCAAACUGCCAGUUGAUAUGCGGAAAGCGUGGGCUGAACACUCCCUGGGAAUGGUGCGACCUACCCUGCUGGAGUUCGACCAGUGGCUCCGUCUGCAGCUGCGCAUCCAGCUGAGCUGUGAGGCAGCUGCGCCUGCACCCAGUCAGCAGAAGAGGACGGCUGGGAUGUUCCUCACCACGAAGACGGCAAGCACCUCAGGUGAGAAGAGAUGUGUCCUCUGUGGUGAAAGUCAUGGGCUGUGGGCUUGCGAGCAGUUCAAGGCACUGACUGCUGAUGAGCGUGCGCGAGUUGUGGCUGAGCACCGACUGUGUUUCAGCUGCCUGCGGCCGGGCCAUCGGAGCAGAGAUUGCAGAACAGCUCGAGCCUGCGGCAUCGAUGGUUGCGUGCUUCGACACAGCCGGUAUCUGCAUGGGAGCAGGAGGAUCAGGAGGCUGCAGCCUGGUUCGCCGCCCCCCUCAGGAACGGAGACGACGACCGGCGAGAUCACCAUAGCGUCGGUCCGACGGGAGGAACAAGAUGCGUGUCAUGUUCUGUUGCAGGUCGUACCUGUACGUGUCCAUGGUCCCGCUGGACAGUACAAGGACACACUGGCGCUUCUCGACCCUGGGGCACAGACGUCGCUCUGCAAUGCGUCUGUCCUAGACGAGCUUCAAGUUGAAGGCGAGGUUCAGCCGGUUCGACUGAGCAACGUAGAAGCUGCGGGCCGUGAGAGGCUGUCCAGGCGGACGACUCUUGAACUGUCACCACUGGCAAGCACUGAAGAUCCGUCGAAGAGGAUUUUAGUGCCAGAGAUCUUCUCCGUGGACAGGGUCAACGUAAGAACUCCCACGAUCCGAGGCAAGAACGUGUCGAAGUUCAAGCACCUGGAAGGACUGAAGAUUCCAGACAUCUCCAGUGGCACGGUCGAGGUGCUACUGGGAGCCAACGUGCUCGAAGCGGUACUCCAGCGCGAGGCGCGUGUCGGUGCACCAGGAGAGCCUGUGGCCAUCCGAACGGCUUUUGGGUGGUCCUUGACUGGUUCACUGACUGGUGUAGUGCCUGAGCAUGUUCGGGAGGCUAUGUUUGUGUCCACGCUUCGUGGUCAAGAACAGCAUGACCUGUCGGACUGGUGGACUACAGAAUCCUUCGGGACACGUGCCACCGAGCCCGCGCUGACACCCGAUGAGAAGAGGGCGAUGGACAUCCUGGAGAAGACUACUCAACACCGAGGAGACAAGUAUGAAGUUGGUCUGCUAUGGCGAGACGAAGAGGCCGAGCUCCCGGACAACUACACGAUGGCGCACAGCAGGCUCAGGUCUCUGGAGCGCAACCUGGCGAAGAACCCAGAGAGAGCGCAAGCGUACAGAGAAGUGCUUGAGGGCUACGUCCAACAAGGGUACGCGCGGAAGCUGACAGCUGAAGAGAGUCGAGUGAAGAAGAAAAAACGUUGGAUUCUGCCUCACCACGCCGUGACACACCCAGAGAAGGUGAAGCCGCGCGUCGUGUUUGACGCGGCCGCCCAGUUUCAGGGUACCUCCCUGAACAGCGAGCUGUUGAAAGGUCCUGACCUCUUACAGAACCUGCAUGGGGUCCUCUUGCGUUUCAGGCAGGAGCGGUACGCACUGGUGGCAGACGUCUUCCAGAUGUUCCACCAGAUUCAAGUGCGGGCGACGGACCAGCCAGCUCUGUCGUUUCUUUGGCGUGAGAUGCAGACGUCAAGGCCACCGGACAUCUACCAGAUGUUAGUGGUGAUCUUCGGCGCGAAGUGUAGUCCGUGCAUCGCCAACUACAUCCUGCGUCGAACGCUCGUUGAGGACAAAGAAGCAGAGAGACAGGGAGGUCAUCCGACGCUGCUCGCCAACUUCUACGUCGACGACUUUCUCCGAGCGGAGGAAACCCCGGAAGCAGCUCUGGCAACGAUGGAGAAAGUGACAGCGCUGAUGUCUCGCGGAGGAUUCCGACUAACGAAGUGGAGAUCGAGUCACCCCGAACUUCUGGAGAGCAUACCGGAAGAUGAUCGAGACGCAUCACAGAAGCAGCUGGUGUCAUGUGAAGGCGGAACACGGAAGGCGCUGGUGCGUACUGCCUCAGGAUCAUACAAGCGCCCAUGUACCAAGAUAUGUCUCCUGGAGGGAGAGGCGCCUCUGAGCUGAAGGCCAAGAAGAGAACGGCAGUCGCCGAUGUCCAGCAGAUGAACGCUUUGCUGGAGAAUGAUGUUUAUUCUGUUAAUGUACUCGCCAUGUUUUUAUUUCAUUUAUUUGUGUUGAUUUAUUUUGUCCGUUUUUUCCUAUUCUUAACCCUAUGAUCGUCUCUCCUCUGGUUGUCCUAGUGUCCUAACGUCGCAGCCAUCGACGAGCGGCGGUGGCACCCCGAGGAUGGACGACGACACGCCGCUGGGGGUACAGCGGCGUUCCGAGGGACGACACGCCGGUGGGGACAGCAGCGCUCUGAUGACGACACGCCGCUGGGAGUACAGCGGCGCUCUGAUGACGACACGUCGCUGGCAGUGCAGCGAUUCCAGCGCGUGGACGCAAGAUGCCGGCGGCGAGAGGCCCGCCGCUGCUGGUCGCGGCGGACUCAGCGCGCUGGCGGGGACUGACUCGCCGGUGGUCGCGACACACGAGCGCGGCUAGCCAGCAGCGAGAGCGGCGGGCGGCGCGCGCCUGAGGCAUGCGGCCUCGGAGCGGUGCGCCGCGAGCGACUGCUCCUGGUCCGGCCGUUAUUUGGAGCGGCCCGCGCCGUGCUGAGCGGCGUCUGGCAGCCCUGAUAGUGAUUCGUGUUGUGCGCGGUCCGCGUUGUUCGGCCCGCUCCGGACACUGAGUGUGGUCCGAGGUGACAUAAAGACAACGUGCUCGGCUGUGAAGGUGAUAUUUUGGUUGCGCCGUGAUUGUGAGGCGUUCUAAGCGAUAGUUACUGCCAUCGGUACGCGGGUUUGCUGCGCUGUUCGUACAGUUCGUACGGUGGAUGAUAGAUACUGGUCUCCAGUGAUACGUGCCUCAGGAAGUUCAGGGAGUUUUCCUCCGAAAACUGGGGGGAGGAUGUUGUGACUUGUUUUGAUUUAGUUGCGGCGAUCGGACGAGUAUCUCACAAAAAUAGGCGUUUGCGGCGAACCCCGAUGCGGUGAUUGUAUCAGCGACAUUUUGCCACGAGGGAGUUGCCGAGAAUGAGCCGGCACUGAUCUAUUUGUGUGAAAUGGAAGGUGAAAGGUCAGUAUUUUUGAUAAUUGUGCCACUGACAAUGAUGAGCAGUUGGCCGUGCAUAUUAAACUGAUAAACUGUGGCUAGAAAACUGAUAUAUCGUAGACAUUAUGUUCGUUGCGGCAAUAGUGGCGCGAGUUCCACGUGCCAUUGGGGCUGAUAUUGCUAAUUUAUAUUAUUUACUUUGUAUUUGAGCCUUAGAUCUAGCAUAUUGUAAAAACUGGUACAUUUUCUCGUGCAUUUGGGCAGUGGCAGGUGUGAUAGGUUGUACUGUUGUGUGUCACCAGCUGAGCGUGAUCCAGCUGAGGCACCAGACGGGAGCCAGUCGAGUGUGAGCCGACUGGCCACUUGUCUCACCGCUGCGCCAAAACACAUCUGGUCAGUAAUUACUAUCUUUAUUUGUAACAGAACAAAUGCCAGUUGUACCUUGUCAUUUCUGCUGAUUGAAUUUAUUUGCAUUCAUUCUGGCAGAUGUGCAUUUGUAUCCGCAUUUCAUACAAUGUGUGAACUGUCCGCAUCAAUGUCCGCAUUUGAUCCUUGGUUAUGUUGUAUGUGUGAUUAUUGGUUGUUCUUUUGCAGAAAACCACUCUUUGGACUCUUUCUGCACACAUAUGCUCUGGCUUGCUAUCAUGUUCCACAAUACCAUGUCUUUCCUAUGUA